AUGGAGAAAAGUGAACUGGAAAAGUUGUGUGCGAAAAGAGAGGUUAUGUUUGCCAAAGUAAAAUGGGAGCUAUCCGUUGCAGAAUCGCUCAACACUCGGAAUCCGUCCUACGAAGAGGUUUGCGAACGGAAGGACAAGCUCACGGAACUUGCCGGUAACUUCGAUACAGUACAGACCACGAUAGAAGAAACUACCAGCAAUCUUACUGAUGUAGCGUCGGUGUUCAACUACCGAUUGCAGUUCGAUGAAAUUUACUUCAAAGCAAAGGGAUUGUAUACGAUAUUCUUGGAAGAGAAUCAAGAUCGAAUAUCUAAUUACAGCAGCGGAUCAAGACAAUCGGUUAACGACUUGCGGGAUGCAAUCAGAGCGCUUGUAGAAGCUCAACAAACUUUGAUUAGGCAUCAAAUUCAACCAAACUCUACAUCCGCUGGCAGUCAAAUGUCGAAUCAGGACCAUGCACAAAACGUAAAGCUUCCUCAGCUGAAUAUUGCGGUAUUUAAAGGAGAUCGGAAAAAUUGGCAUUCCUUCAAGGAUUUAUUCGUCAGCACAAUACAUAGCAGAACAGACCUGAAAGAUUCACUGAAGAUGCAGUAUCUAUUGUCGUACUUGGACGGCGAUGCGAAGAGAAUGGUUAGUUCGUUUCCCAUCAGUGACGCCAACUACAAAGAAGCCUGGGAUACACUGGAAGCGCAUUACGAUAAAAAGAAGUAUACGGUGUUUGCCCUAGUUCGCGAGUUCAUUGAUCAACCGUCAACAACAACAGUAAAUGGACUAAGGAAGCUGGUUGGUACAUCUGAUGACGUGAUACGACAACUCAAAGCUCUUGGGAAUGAGUUUGAAUCACGAGACCCGUGGCUCAUUCAUAUCCUACUGGAAAAAGUCGACAGAGAAACACGGUCUUUGUGGGCUCAGAAGAUAAUCGAUGUAGACACUCCAACAUUCGUCGAUUUCUUGGAAUUCUUGCAGAAACGCUGCGAUGCACUAGAGACGUGCACAGCUUUCACGAAACGAACAAACCAAGGUGAUAUGAAAAAAGAAUAUUUGAAAGCACAUGACAGUGAAAGGGUGCGAUCAUUACACGCAAAUGUUUCAUCAUCAUCAAUCUGUGUCAAAUGUUCGAAGGAUCAUCCGAUCUACCAUUGUGAACGAUUCAAGGAAAUGGACGUGGUAGCGCGCAGAGAGUUAGCACAAUCAUCGAGGUUAUGCUUCAACUGCUUGCGCCCUUCCCACACAGCGAAGAAAUGCUCAUCAAAAUCUGUUUGUCGCAUAUCAGACUGCCAACAACGUCAUCACACUUUGUUGUGCACACUGGAAUCAAAACAAGCAGACAAGAAACCAGAACAGGAGGAGUCCAAACAUGAAACGGGUUUGGAAACAGCUGUUGCAUCAGUGAACGUUAAUGCAACACAAACUUUAGAGGAUAAACACGAAUUCUCGCUACUGCCAACGGUGGUGGCUCGAGUAGAAGGGAGUGACGGUAAACAACACGUUGCACGAAUUCUCAUCGACAGCGGAUCGCAGGUGUCGCUCAUCACAGAGGCGUGCGUAAAGCGUCUAGGACUGAGACGUAGCAAUGCUUCACUGGAGGUUACAGGUAUAAAUGCUGAGGUCAUUGGUAAAACCGCCGGCAAGGUUUCACUAGUGAUUUCAUCGCGUUUCGAAGAAGCAACAAAAAUCAUCACUCAAGCCUAUGUACUGGGAAAGCUGACGGCAACUCUGCCGUGCCAGCGUUUCAACGUGUCAAAUAUGCCUUAUCUAGCAGGUUUACAACUAGCCGAUCCACAUUUCAAUAAACCUAGUUCAACGGACAUUAUUCUUGGCGCCGAUGUCUUCCUGUCAAUAUUACAAUCAGGACAGGUCAAGGAUCACAACGGAAAUCCUGUGGCACAACGUUCUGUCUUCGGAUGGAUGGUCGCAGGGAAAAUCUCGAAACAGGAUUGUAUUCACACUCAUCAUUCAAUCAUCAACUUACACCCGGAGGUUGAUAUUGAUCGUACUUUACGUUUGUUUUGGGAAGAUCAGGAACUACACCGUUCCAAACAACUAACUAAGGAUGAACAAAGGGUGGUUGAACUGUUCAACUCCACUCUAACACGCUCGCAAGAAGGUCGCUUCAUCGUUCGUUUACCUAUGGAUGAUUCGAAGCUCAAAUUGGGAAAUUCUCUGAUAGCCGCUACCAGGCGAUUAAGAUGUAUCGAACGCAAAUUCGAUAGUGACAGCAAUUUCAAGAAGCAGUACCUAUCAUUCAUGCAGGAAUACCAGGAUUUAGGUCACAUGGAAAUUGUACCUCCAACGAAGAUUGAUGUGGACUGCUCGAAGAGUUACUACCUACCUCACCAUGGGGUCAUCAAAGAGGACAGCAUCACUACCAAACUACGAGUGGUGUUUGAUGGCUCGUGUUCUACCACAACCGGAGCUUCGCUCAAUGACGUUUUAUUGGAUGCACCAAACAUAAACGCAGACCUGUUCGAAGUACUACUGCGCUUCAGAUCCUAUCCAGUAGUAUUUAUAGCGGACAUCGAGAAGAUGUAUCGUCAGGUGUUGGUACACUCUGACGACACUGAUUAUUUACGUAUCGUGUGGCGAGAUUCAGCUGAUAAACCCGUACAGCACUUUCGUCUUUUGACAGUUACUUACGGUUUGAAGAACUCAGGGUUCCUUGCGAUGGCAGCGCUGCACAAAGCAGCAGAAGUUUACGAGAUGAUAUACCCAGAAGCUGCUGAGCGAAUCAAAAGGCAUAUCUACGUCGAUGACUUAACGUCCGGUGCCGACUCAGUCAAUGAGGCAAAACAGCUCAUUAAACAGAUCAACGAAAUUCUCAGUGAGGCUGGUUUUACCCUCCGUAAAUGGUGCUCUAACUCAGCAGCAGUAUUAGAGUCACUAUCAGAUACAAUUAACAGUUCGAUGCCAAUCCAAUUUCCCGAUGAACGAAACAUAGUGAAAGCUCUUGGAACGCACUGGCUUCCAAAAGAAGAUGUGUUCACGUUCAAGGUUACUAUGCCAAUCGAUAGACCGAACACGAAACAUCAACUAUUAUCCGAUUCAGCCAAACUAUUCGACCCAUUCGGAUGGUUUGCACCGGUGAUUGUACGAGUCAAAAUACUUUAUCAAAAAUGUUGGCUCUACGAUCUCAAUUGGCACGAUUUACUACCUCCCACUAUCGAAGAGGAGUGGAUCGAAGUUAAGGAAACACUACACCAGCUAGAACAAAUCAAAAUACCGAGAUGGGCAGCAAACUACAAUGGCAAUGUGCAGCUACACGGUUUUUCGGAUGCUUCUGAAGAGGCGUAUGCGGCUGUAGUAUAUUUACGAUCAGUAGAUUACAACAACGAGAUUCAUGUCACCCUACUAGCAGCAAAAACGAAAGUUGCUCCAGUUCGACAAAUUUCCAUACCACGGUUGGAGCUUAACGCAGCUGAACUGUUGGCGAAACUUAUGAAGCAAGUUGCAGAACCACUGGAGAGAUUCAAUAUCGAGCGAUAUGCCUGGACAGACUCUACUAUAGUCUUGCAGUGGCUAUCCGGUCACCCCCGCAAAUGGGACACGUAUGUAGCGAACAGAACAUCUUUGAUUUUGGACGUCUUGCCGAGAAAGCACUGGUCGCACGUCACAUCAAAGAAUAAUCCAGCAGAUUGUGCUUCGCGGGGCAUAUCCCCGUCCGAUCUAGUCAACCACCCGCUCUGGUGGACAGGGCCUGCUUGGCUGUACGAAGAUUCAUCUACGUGGAAUCGAGAAGUACCUGAUUAUAAUAACAAUGAAGAUACACUGGAGGUACGUAAGCGAUAUAAAACACUAAAUAUUACCGUUAGUCUUCCAGUAACAACCCAUGUCAUCGAGAAACAAAUAAUAGAACAACGAUCCAGUCUCAUCGCGGCCUGCUGGCAGCUGGCUCGUGUUUCGAGAUUUACGUACAACAUGAAAUGUGUGAUAACCGGCAACAAUAAGCUUUCCGGUUCAAUUUUACCCUCGGAACUGCAUCAGGCUCGGAUGAAAUUUGUUCGACUGGCGCAGAAGGAAUCCUAUGCAACCGAAAUAAAAGCACUUGCUUGUGGAGAUGAGAUUCCCGUCAAAUCCGGAAUUCUAAACCUGUAUCCGUUUCUCGACGACGCCGGUACGUUGAGGGUAGGAGGACGAUUGCAACAGUCGUUGUAUGCCUUCGAUGUGAAACAUCCUAUAAUAUUGUCGAAAACUAAUCGCUUCACUAAACUACUGGUGGAGGAAAUUCAUGUAAACAAUUGCCAUGCCGGGCCAACUUUGAUGACAGCAACAAUAAACCAACGUUAUUGGAUUCAAGGUUGCCAGGUAGUGAUCAAACAGGUGAUCCGAAAAUGUUUGUCGUGUUGUCGGCAGAAAGCGCAAACGGCGAAACAGCUAAUGGGAAGUUUACCAGCAGCUCGAGUGACAGCAUGUCGCCCUUUUGCUCAUGUAGGGGUGGACUAUGCUGGUCCGAUAAUGGUACGUUGCAGUAAUACUCGUGGAGCACGGUGUAUGAAGGGAUACAUCGUAGUUUUUAUCUGUCUAUCAACCAAGGCUAUUCACUUGGAAGUCGCAGGUGAUUUAAGCACUGAUACGUUUCUGGGAGCAUUUAGAAGGAUGAUUUCACGACGCGGCUAUUGUAGCGAGGUUUGGUCCGAUAACGGCACAAAUCUGGUAGGUGCCAAUCGACAACUGCAGGAAAUUUACGAGAUCACAACUAACCACGCUAAAGGAAAGGAACAUUACUUCUCAAAUCUUGGAAUUCGCUGGCGAUUCAUACCGCCUGCCAGCCCGCAUCAAGGUGGCAUCUGGGAAGCCGCUGUUAAAAGCGCAAAGGAGCUACUUCGGCCGAUCAUCGGAGAUAAAAAUCUAACAUACGAAGAGUUAUCAACAGUAUUGUGUCAAGUAGAGGCUUGUCUCAACUCAAGACCCCUCUGCUCUCUAUCCUCGAAUCCUGAAAGCCUCGAAGCCCUCACACCGGGGCAUUUCUUGGUUGGUCAACCUCUCAACAUGUUACCGGAACCGGAAGUCACCCAUCUCAAGGUGAAUUAUCUAGAUCGAUGGAAAAUGGUACAGCGAUAUACAGAGGAGUUCUGGCGUCGCUGGCGCGAUGAGUAUAUGGCCACAUUGCAACCCAGAGGAAAGUGGAAGAUGAAGCAGGACAAUCUCAAACUCGGUUCUUUGGUACUCGUGAAGAAUGAUAACAGCCCACCGUCAACUUGGGACUUAGCUCGCAUCGUUGCCGUUCACCCGGACCAACAAGGAUUGGUUCGCAACGUCACUCUUCGCAGAGGAAAAUCGGAGUAUCAGCGUUCGGUGCAGAAGCUAUGUCCGCUUCCUGAUUGA